AUGAAUAAAUUACUCUUAGUCAUUCCUUUCCUUCUCUUGGCAAGUACUUACUAUGUAUUCAGAAGUGAUGCAUUACUUAUGGAUUCUACUGAUGAUGAAAGCUACCUAGAACCUGAUACUAAUCCAGGCUGUGCUAGAGUUACCUACACCUAAUGGAAGACUUGUAUUUAUAAUGCAAGAAUUCCUAAAUGUGACGAUUUACCUGAAAACUAAAGAUCAUCAUGCUAUAAUGCAAGCUACCUCGCCACUAAGUAAAUGUGGCCUUCUGUUCCUACUGCAACUUGUGCUUGCACCUAGUUCUGGAAGAACUUUGAAAGGGCAAAUGCCAAUGAUUAUAUCGAUUUUGAUGGAAGCUACCAUAGAUGUUUCAGCAAGAGUACUUUAAUUGCUGGUGCCAAAUCUGACAAAUUCUACUAUACCAGAAUAUUCGCACCUCAGUAUUUGACAUGUGCUGGAUUAAGAUCAUAUUGA